CUUACUGAGGACACCUUACUAUUAAGAUAUGCUAAAACCUAACUGUCAAAAUAAUCUGACACAUCGUUUUCAAUAACUUGCUCUAUUAGUUCUAAUAGCGUUGAGGUAUUGGUUGUGGCAAUCAACAGAAAUCUUUACAACAUCAAAAUUCGCAACUGCGGCACGGGCUUGUAAAUCUAGUGCAAGAAAAAAUUUAGCUGAUUUUUACCUGUUCAUAAUAGCUACGUACAGCCUACUGUCAGUUAUAAGUUUUUUUUUCAAAAUAAAGGUUGCUAAUGAAUUUUUGAAACACCGAGGAAGUAACAUUACAUGUUCGAACGCUGUGUUUGACAUCUCUGCACGUUCAUUUUCGCUCAUGGUAUGCGCAUAGCAUACCUUUAGGCGUUACUAAGCUUCCUUGCGCUUUGCCCUCUCGAAUUGUUUGUCGAUGCCAUUUUGUUCACAUUGCUUACCAAAAAGGCUGGACGAAGUAAAAGCACACAAUGGAUUGUUUAUGAAAACACAGGGCAGUUGCUAUAGGACCAACCCGUACAACAACAAAAAUGUAUGAUGGUAUCCGCUACUGAACAGCGAAAUUUCUGUUAAAUCUAACUAUUGUAAACUUGCCUAAAGUACUGUAACAGGAGGUCAAGAUCUUUCGAGGUUCCGGUUCAAAAGCAGAAAGCAUGUGCAGCGAUAGCUAGAAUUCAUAUCGAAUCAACAUUUACGCAGACGUUGGUGAACAAUGUUUAAAAUGCCUCGCCGUUUGUCCCGCACAAAGGCAAAACAACGUCUAGGUCUAGAAUGCGGAGCGAACGACAAAACAACGUCUAGGUCUGGAAUGCGGAGCGAACAACAAAACAAACAAAAAAAAAAAAACAUUUUUCUUUUAUGGCACUGUAGAAGUACACGGGACAUCAUGUUAAUAAUCAUCAUCCACAUUACAUUGUUUUUAAUUGUGCUUCCGUAUUUCAUUAACACGUCGCGAUUGAUACAGCAACAGUGUGCGGGGGUCGCGAAAUUUAUAUAAACCAGCGCAUCCAAGCGAGUGACAGGCUCGCGCCAAGUAUUUCCCCUUUUACGCUGGUUGUGUGGUACCGCGAUGACUUUAGCGGCUUAUGUGCACUUGAUACUGUUCAGGAAUAGAAAGCGUGCUAGUGUACUGGUGGGUGUGCUUCUCCUAGCAUUAGGCAUUAGCAUCUUGACUAAUGGAUCGUUCGAAGGCAGCCAUUGUGACAGAAGUGAAGAAAUCAGUGCACCAUUGGAAAACAAAGUGACUUUUAAAGAAAAUGUUGAAAGUGGGUGGAAAGCUUCGGAAGACGGAGAGCAGCAAUGGAUGCAGAGCGUUGUUCGAAGAAGAAGACAAAGCUAUAGGCUGGCUGUACUGAACGAUAAAUCAGCUGCACACGUGUAUCAACAGGAUAAUAGUGAAACACAGGCGAAACCAGCAAGUGUCGUAAGCGUUGCUCAGUCAGAUAAUACCAAAGCGGCCGGAACACCAAACCAAGCUACAGUUGUUCAACAGCAAAGCGCAACACAGGGAACAAACGUUGGAUUAUUGAACGACGGAUCAUAUGCCAGGGUUGCUCAACUACCGAUCAAUAGGCCGUCCGAAGGGCAACAGAUGAAUGGAGCACUAUUGCACGAUGGUUCGCAAGGCAUGGGACGAAUCGUUCCAGCUGGAGCAAAACGUGAUGGUUCGAUUUGGGCUUCACUCUUUCCACGGCAUGGUGAUGGUGCGGGGAUGUAUGAUGCUAACACGAACGGGAAGCAGUCAGAUAGUGUGAAAUCAUAUUUUCAUCCGACAAAUAAACCCAUGCAAAAUUGUUACUGUCCUUAUCCUUUGAGGGCAAAGAAUAAACUGUGCUAUCAUAGCGUUACAUGCUUUCCAACGACAACUACUGCUCGAGCUUCCUCUACAACGACGGCCUCCACUAGUACGGCAUCGACACUUACCACCACUUCAACAACUCCUACAACAACUGACUCUACAACGACGGAUUCCACUACGACGGACUCUACUACGACGGAGUCUACUACGACGGAGUCUACUACGACGGAGUCUACUACGACGGAGUCUACUACGACGGAGUCUACUACGACGGAGUCUACUACGACGGAGUCUACUACGACGGAGUCUACUACGACGGAGUCUACUACGACGGAGUCUACUACGACGGAGUCUACUACGACGGAGUCUACUACGACGGAGUCUACUACGACGGAGUCUACUACGACGGAGUCUACUACGACGGAGUCUACUACGACGGAGUCUACUACAACGGAGUCUACUACGACGUAGUCUACUACGACGUAGUCUACUACGACGGAGUCUACCACGACGGAUACUACAUCUACUACAACCACUACCACAACUACAACUCCUACUACAACUACAACGACUACGACACCUACUACAACUACAACGACUACGACACCUACAACAACUACAACUACUACGACACCUUAUACAUCUACAACCACUUCUACCACAACGACUCGUCGAAACACGCGUCCAACCAGAUGGCGAAGCCCAAGUUAAGGAUAAUGAGCAAUCCUUAUUUUCUCGUGGCCAAGAAGCAAACGCAUUUAAGUACAUGAUUUUAAUUAGUUUAAGAAUACUUUUACCAAGCAUUCACACGGCAUUGCUAUCUGUUGUUAAAUUAAAAGGAAAUCGUACUAGGAUUAAUCACAACGUGCACUUUUUUAACACAGUGCAUUUGAAUCCCAUUAUCCUAUCUCAGUGCUCUGCGUUUUGUUCUGAGAGCUCGGAGAAAAGGCGUAGAAGCUUCCAGCCUCAAACGAUGACACACUAAUCGCUUGGCUCGUGUGCACUAACUAUGAUAACAUACGCACCUAACGGCUUAGAAAUAUAUCGCGUACGUGUUUUUGGAACGAUUAGUUCUGCGACUUUGCCCUUACGCUUUUCCGGCUCCACGAACCUUCUCAGUUAGUUUCGGUACGUCCGUUGAGUCGUACAGUAUGUAUGCCGCGAAGCUACUGGUACUGGUGCUCGCCGUGCAGCAAGUCAUAGCCGCCUAUCAACGCACCGUUGCCGAGUGUGCAAACUCCCGGCCGAAAUAUCGACUGCAGCGUGAGUGGAGAAGCGGUACGUUUCGCUUCGAAAGUGACCAGUUUGUACCGACCCGCUGGGAAUGGCAACGCAAUCGGAAGCUGCGUACCGGCACGAAGCGUCCGAGACUUGCCGUGACUAGCAGGAAGCGGCCAGCAGCAGAUGCUAAGCUGUUGUGGAAAGAGGAAAACCGGCACGAAGACUAUGAUUCGCUAAUGUCAUCGGAGGAUGAUGGUGCCGUGUGGCCCGGGCAAACCGUAACCGCUGCGAGCGUCUCAACAGUCGGUAGUCAUGAUAAUAUUGGCAGUCGGAUGGUGAAAAUGGUGAGCUCGGCUUUGCAUAGCACGUUUCCGCCAGCUGCACAGUUUGCCGGGAGUGCUUUGUUCUCGCAGGAAAAUUACACUCCCGAAAGCAUCAAGGAUGCAGACGAUAGCGGAGUCCCUUUGCAGCUGUACGAGGAUGUGGACCAUGUGUGUGAUGUUUGUGGUGGGAUUAUAACGACUACGGAGAGUGCAACGGUUUCGAUAAUGACCCACUUAGCGGAAUCCAGCAAUCAAAUUCUAUCGAUUCAACCACACCCUAAUGCUGUUCCUGGUGCUGCGUACAAAAGCGUCCCGACGAAUCCGGAAGCAUAUUAUGGGUUUAUUCCGGAUGUGCCUUAUAUGCGGAGACCACCGGAAAGGAGCACUGCAGCAAAGGAGCAAGAGCGAAUGUCGCCAUCUUUGGUUUACGAAACCGAUGCAACGACUGUUCUGAGUGCAAUUUCAGAUACUACAGAAGGAGCAUCGACUGUCAUUGUUACAUCCCAUGCUUUUGGUGACAAACGGACGUCUACAACCUCAUCAACCUCAAUUCAUCCUACAUCUUCCACAACACCGUAUAUGCAUGAACUCAACGCGACGACAUCUCACGGCAAAAGUUCUACCGAACCAUCGAAUGACUGUACCCCACCAGAACAACAUUAUAAAGAAACUCUACGUACAACUCAUUCAGAAAAUAUUACCUCGGAAGUUGAUGAAGAUUCAACAGUAUCGACGACCUUGUCACUCUCUCGAGAAGUUACCAGUACACCAGAAGGCACGGUUCCUCACUUCGCAUUUGUGUCUCAAUCGUUCGUGAAGACCACCACAGAGCCUCCAUUGGAGGAAACAUCAUACGUGCCAGAGUCAUCCACUAAUAACCCUAUACUAGCAGUUGCAGAAAGCACAUUGGCUCAUACUGACGAAGAACAUUCAAUUGCUGAAGAUAUCGAGAUGGAUUCCGUGACUGUGGAAACUAAACCCGUUGAAGCAACAGAACCAACACUGAUCGAAAGUGUGGCCAGCUCUACAUUACUAGAGUUUAACCCUGACACGACCGAUAUGCUGCUGCCGGAGACUUUACCCCAACUUCCAACCAUGGACCUAACCGUAAAGCGGGACAGUGAUGAUGCGUAUGGAGAGGCUCAGGAAUUACUACCUGCGGAUGGGUUCUUUAAGCGUCUUUUUCACACCAUCUACACCUUGCUGCGAUCGAUUCUGGACACAAUCGUGUAUCUGUUUGCUGACGCUUCUUCCAGCUAGAAUCGCCAACUGGCAACAGAACAGAGAAUAUAUGCCACAACUUACAUUG